CGGAUUUGGAUGAUUCGGGUCGGGUUAUCUGAUCCAAAAAUAAUAAUCGGAUAUAUCCGGUCGGGUCAAUUAGGUAGGGUCGGGUUUGCUCUCCCCUACCCUCCUCAUCCGCCCGCAGCAAAAAAAUUGGAAUAUUUGUGGGCCCACUUUUUUACGCAGUUCGUUAGCAGUAUUUUUAAGGCUGUCGCUGGCUGCCGACUCGCAAUUCCAAGUCCCCGCGCCGCUUCUUCUUCUUCUUCUUCCAGAAGGUCAACCUGCUUUUCUGGCUUGCUGCUACAUCUGCGUUACUGCUUCUUCAUCUGUGCGUAUGGAGAACGCACAUGAAACGAAGAACUUUUCUUUCCCCUCAGAGGAAGAAAACGUCCUGCGCUUUUGGAGGGAUAUUGACGCCUUUCAUACCCAACUUGAGCGCACAAAGGGCUGCCCGGAGUUCGUAUUUUACGAUGGCCCUCCUUUUGCGACCGGCAUGCCCCAUUACGGACACAUCCUGGCGGGCACCAUCAAGGACAUUGUCACCCGCUACAAGUCCAUGACGGGUCACCACGUCACUCGCCGUUUCGGUUGGGACUGCCAUGGUGUCCCAGUCGAAGCUGAAAUCAUGAAAAAGUUUGGAAUCACUGGUAGACGCCAUGUUCUUGAAAUGGGUAUUAAAAAAUUCAAUGAUCAUUGUCGAAGUAUCGUUUCGCGAUACGUUGCAGAGUGGGAGCAAUUGGUCACCAGGACGGGACGCUGGAUCGACUUUCAGCAAGGGUAUAAAACUAUGGACUUCAAUUUCAUGGAAACUGUUUGGUGGGUUUUUGAAAAGCUUCACUCCAAGGGACUUGUGUAUAGGGCGUUCAAGGUUAUGCCCUGCACAACAGCUUUCGAGACCCCUCUAUCAAACUUUGAAGCUGAUUUAAAUAAAAGACCUGUCACUGACCCUUCUAUAAUGGUGUCCUUCCCAAUUGUUAAUGAUCCCCAGAAUGCAGCUUUUGUAGCCUGGACAACCACGCCUUGGACUCUUCCAUCUAAUCUCGCUCUCUGUGUUAAUCCCAGCUUAGAAUAUGUCAAGGUUCGCAACAAAUAUUCAGGAAGUAUCUAUGUGGUUGCUGAUUGUAGUUUGUCAGAACUUCCGCCUGAGACACCGAAUUGCAAAGACUACCCCAUAGUUGAUCUGACGGAUUGUUAUGAAGUCUUGGAUAGAUUCCUGGGAAGUUCCCUUGUCAAUAUCAAGUACGAGCCGUUAUUUGAUUACUUCAUGGAGUUCUCUCACGUUGCUUUCAGAGUUGUCUGCGAUGAUUCUGUAUCCGGUCAAUGUGGCACUGGGGUUGUCCAUUAUGCUCCUCAAUUUGGCGAGGAUGAUUUUCGUGUUUGUUUGGAGAAUGGAAUCAUCAACAAGAAAGAUUUGAUUGUACCAGUAAAUGAAGCUGGCUUAUUCACUGAGAAAAUUUCUGAUUAUUGUGGUCGCUAUUUCAAGGAUGCAGAUAAGGAUAUUAUUGGAAGAGUAAAGGCAAAAGGCAGGCUUGUCAAGUCUGGCACUGUGAAUCAUGUGAAAGCUUUUUGCUGGAGAUCUAAUACUCCUCUGAUAAACAGAGCUGUUUUGUGCUGGUUUGUUUGUGUGGAAAAGUUGAAAGAUCAGUUAUUGGAAGUUAACAGACAGACUUACUGGGUACCUGAUUUUGUGAAGGAUAAACGUUUCCAUAAUUGGCUUGAGAAUGCACGAGAUUGGGCUAUAAGCCGCAGUAGAUUUUGGGGUACUCCUAUUCCCGUAUGGAUUAGUGAGGACGGUGAAGAAAUAUUGGUCAUUGAUUCAGUUGAUAAGCUUGAAAGGUUUUCUGGCGUCAAGGUAGUUGAUCUCCACAGAGAAAAUGUAGAUAAUAUCACGAUCCCUUCUUGCCGUGGUUCUGAGUUUGGUGUUCUUCGACGAGUAGAUGAUGUAUUUGAUUGCUGGUUUGAGAGUGGUUCCAUGCCGUAUGCUUACAUCCAUUAUCCAUUCGAGAAUACUGAGCUGUUCGAGAACAAUUUUCCUGGCCAUUUUGUGGCUGAAGGGAUUGAUCAAACCCGUGGAUGGUUUUAUGCUCUUACUGUACUGGCAACUGCGUUGUUUGGAAAGCCAGCAUUCAGGAAUCUAAUCUGCAAUGGGUUUGUUCUUGCUGAAGACGGAAAGAAGAUGAGUAAACAGUUGAAUAACUAUCCUUCACCAAUGGAUGUCAUCAAUGACUAUGGGGCCGAUGCUCUGCGGUUGUAUCUUAUAAACUCACCUGUUGUCCAUGCAGAAGACUUAUAUUUUAAAAAGGAAGGCGUGAAUGGUGUUGUUAAGGAUGUAUUUCUUCCGUGGUACAAUGUGUAUAGGUUCCUAGUUCAAAACUGCAAUAGACUUGAUGCUGAGGGCUCUCCAUUUAUCCCUUCUGAUCUAGCCUCUGUCCAAGUGUCACCUAAUGUGCUCGAUCAGUGGAUCAGCUCAGCAACUCACACUCUCGUGUCUUUUGUACGUAAAGAAAUGGAUGGUUAUAGACUUUACACGGUCGUUCCUUAUUUAUUGAAGUUUCUUGACUACCUGACAAACGUAUACGUGCGGUUUAACCGCAAGAGACUGAAAGGUCUUACGGGAGAGGAAGAUUGUCAAACAGCUCUCUCAACCCUUUACAAUGUGCUCCUGGUUACAUGUAAAGUUAUGGCUCCUUUCACACCGUUCUUCACAGAAGUUCUGUACCAAAAUAUGAGAAGAGUUUGCAACGGAUCAGAAGAAAGCAUUCACUAUUGCAGUUUUCCUGAAGCCGAAGGAAAGACGGAAAACAAAAUCGAACGGAGUGUGCAAAGGAUGAUUACUGUUAUUGAUCUUGCACGCAAUAUUCGCGACCGUCAGAAGAAGCCCAUUAAGGAUCCUCUUAGGGAGAUGAUUGUGGUGCACCCAGAUGCUGAUUUUCUUAAUGACAUUGCCACAAAGCUAAAACAGUAUGUGUUGGACGAGCUCAAUGUGAAAACUAUUGUCCCAUGCAAUGAUGUUCUGAAAUAUGCUGAUUUACGUGCUGAGCCGAACUACAGUGUGUUAGGCAGGCGCCUUGGAAGAGAUAUGGGUGCGGUUGCCAAGGGAGUGAAAGCAAUGUCACAGUCAGAUAUUUUAGCUUUCGAAGAAGCUGGAGAAGCAGUUGUUGCUAUGCAUUCUUUGAAGAUGACAGAUAUCAAGGUUUUCCGUGAUUUCAAACGUCCACUAGGUAUGGAUGCGUGCGACAUUGAUGCAGCCGGAGAUGGAGAUGUUUUAGUGAUCUUGGAUCUACGUUCUGAUGAUUCUCUGCGUGAAUCUUGUGUUGCACGUGAGAUCGUUAGCGGAGUGCAGAAGCUACGGAAGAGAGCUAGCCUUGAACCAAAAGAUGCAGUUAAUGUUUAUUUGGAGUCGCCAGAUAAAGCAGUCAUUCAGCAAGUGUUGAAAUCACAGGAAAAAUACAUUGGGGAUGCACUUGGAUCUCGAGUGAUCUUUUUGAUGGCUGCAAUAGAUGAUGAAUUGCAGGUCAUCUCCGAAGGAAAUUUCCGAAGUAUUUAUAAAGUGACAUUCAGAGUGAUUCUAACCAAGUGCUAAGCUUUAUUGUUUGCUAACAGGAGAGAUGUAAAGUUAACUUUAUUUUUGCAAUCACUAAUCUAUUGAUUUAGGAUAGGUUGUUCAACAUAGGAUCGUGUUAAAUUAAAUCAUUUAGUGAUUCACCACGUGUCCACGUCUACAAUUUGAGUAAAGUAAUUAACUUUUUGCAGUUUUAUUGUGUUGCGGACUUGCUGUGUUGCCCAUUAUUUUCAGUUUUGGUCAGCCUUGUUCAAGAUCUUUUUGUCCAUUAAUAAUGUUUUGUCCA